GCUUUCUGUUUUUUCUCUUCGCUUACUAUGAAACCGAACCUCGUCGGCGUCCUAAUCAAUAGUGCGCUGUAUAUUUCAUUUUCUGCACUUAAUAUGCAACAUCAAAAUAACUAAGGACUGACUGACAAUGGGCGAACAGCAAGCUCUCAAUGAGGAAGCCCCAAGUGCCGCGAAGUCGGCGGCCCACGGCGAAGGCACGAGCGUGCCGUCUUCGGCUUUGAACAAGGCCUCCCUUCCAACAACCACUCCUGACGAAGACGAAUCUUCCCUCUUCGAAGACCGAGAACGCGCGAGGAAAGGCCUCGCCCCCUCCGGCAUCCUCCGCGUGGGGUUGAACCUGGCAAACAAACUUUUGACAAGCUCCAUCGCGUCACAAACCGACAGCUGCACGCAGGCGGAAGGCGUUGCGCCGGAGCUGGCGGAGGAGCUCGCGAACGAGCUCGGCGUUCCGGUGCAGUUUGUCCCCUACCCAUCCCCAAAAGCCUUGGCGGAGGACAGCACCAGCGAAAAGUGGGACAUCGCGUUUCUAGGCAAAGACCCCAGUCGAGCAACCUCACUGGCUUUUUCCCUACCCUACGCCGACAUCCCCUGCGCUUUUUUGGUAAAAAAGGAGUUGGCAGAGGAAGAUAGCACAACUGCGUCGGCGGUACAACUUGAAAAAGUCGAUAAACCCGGUUUUAAGAUUGCUUCGUUCCGCGGCGCCUGUUACGAUUUGUGGCUGCAGAGGAAUUUGAAGCACGCGCAGUUGAUCCAAGCCGACAGUUUCGACAUGUCCGUCUUGUUGUUCGAAGACGGCCGCGCCGACUGCGUUGCGGGCGUCGUGGGGCAGCUCUUGUCGAAGGAGAGCAGUGACUUCAAGCUUCUUCCUGGCCCGGCGUUCAUGACCGUUCCGCAGGCGAUCGCGGUCCCGGUGCAAAAGACGAAGGAUUUAUCGAGAAUCAUCCGGUUUCUUGACACCUUCGUCGCGAAACGGCUCGACGAAGCAAGUAGAACUGGAGAUGAACAGGAGGCGACCUGCAGUAGUACAACUAUCGUAGACCUGUUGAAGAGGCAUAAAGUGCACAUCCGCUUGCUUCCCCACGAGCAGAAGCAGCUCGAUCGCCUGCGCAUCACGGUACUCGGGUGCGGCGCCAUGGGCAGUAUCUACGCAGCGCUACUCGCGUCCGCGGGCAACAUCGUGACCGCGGUCGAUGUCUGGAAAGACCAUGUGACGGCCAUGCGAGAGAAGGGGUUGAAGGUCGAGGGCGCGAGCGGGGGACGGACGAUACUGCUGAGUCAGGUGUCCACGGACGCAAGCGACAUAGUCGGCGGGACCCAGGACCUCGUGAUCAUCGCCACCAAGGCGGCCCAAGUGCCCGCGGCGGUGAAGGCCGGCGCGCGAUUGCUGCGUACGGACGACCCGAAAGCGUGCAUGUUGCUGAUUCAAAACGGAAUUGGGACGACCGAGGAAGGAAUUUGCGAAAUACUGGGUAUAAAUGUAGUUUUAGGUUUUUGGUUGAGUAGUUUGUUUCAGUUUCUUUAGCAGUUUUUCUAUCAGCUUGACAGCACCUUCCGAAUGUAUGAUAUGGUGGGAUCGCAGCAUCCAUGCAUUGAAAUUGAAUAACCUUGUUCAACGCCGCAGGCCCCUCCGGUCCGAGGAAAAUUCUUCUCGGUAUCGCCAGCAACUUUGGCGCCUGCAUGAAGGGACCGGGCCAGGCCGAACACAAAUCAAUGAACCUGAUCGUGAUGGGCGAAAUGGCAAAACCAGACGAGGAGACACAAACAACUGCCACAGACCCCCUACUUUCCGCCCGCGUACAGCGAGUGCAGCAGGCUUGGAGUGAUGCGGGCUUCACCACAAAAGGCUCAGCGGACAUCCACGCGGACAUCUGGGAAAAACUGAUUUGCAACUGCGCCAACUCCGCCGUGUCCGCGGUGCUGGGUUUUACCGUCGGACAAAUCCUCGACUGCCCGGAGGCCCGUAACCUGAGCCUGACGUGCGCAAAGGAAGCCGCGAAGGUGGCCACGGCGAAGGGCAUCAAGCUAAAAUGCGGCAAUAGCGACGCCGAGAUCGAGGCACACGUGCUGAAAUUUGGAUCCACUGUGAGACAAGCGCAGCCGUCGAUGCUGCAGGACCAUCUAGCGAAGCGGAAGUAUUUUUGGCUUAGCGGAUGCGUUGUUCUGAUUCUGUUGUGGCCUUUCUCAGCUUUGAUUUUGCGUUUGUAAGUAACGAAAACCAAAGCACAUAUUUGUUCUUUUGGGCAAACAAACUUUUGAAACAUGAAAACCAGGUGCGAAAUCGGAGCAAUCAAUGGGGCAAUACCACUAGAGGCCGCAAAGGUUGGGUUGGAAGCACCGACGAACAAAAUUUUGGCGGACAUAAUAGUCGCUCGGGAGUCUGCCUUUUGAAACCCUAGACGCAGUUAACUUACGCCACCGCGAUGUCGUAAAUUACGAUCAAUGCAGCAGCAGCUGUAGAAUGCCACUCCUAAAUUUCAUGAGGAGGCUCAAUGAAAAUGAAAGUGUUCACGCGUUGGCGGUGCUCCGGCCUCACUGGUGUCGCA